AUGCAGGACCCCGACGCCCUCCUCGCAGCUUUCAGGUCGCUCUUCCCGAGCGUCUUGCACUGCGUGCUUAUGGAGGACACCCGCAAGCUGCACAUGCAGAAGACUCUGGGAAAGACCGCGGGGGCCCUGCGGUGCUUCUGCUGCCACCACAGGGCCAAGGCCCGCUACAAGGAGGGCCUCAGGAGGGCGGCGUCCCUGGAGCAGGAGUUCCGGCACAAUGUCCGGAGGGCACACGAGAUGGUGGAGUACGGAGGCAAGGUUCAGGGGCGGCCUGACCGACCCCUGGCAAACCAUCUCCUUCCGUGA